AUGGCACGACCACGGUCCCAGCCUAGGCCGGUGUUCAAACGAGUCCAAUCAAAACAGAACAGGAAUCUCGCUUUCGGGCCGUAUCAGACUCUGAUAGAACAGUUCUAUAUCCAUGAGGGCCGGCCCCUGAAAUGGAUCAUGGAACACAUGAAGAAGGAACACGAGUUCAACUUGUCAGUCAAACAGUACAAAAGCCAACUGAAAAACUGGGGACUCAGGCACAAGCUCACCCAGCGUGACGCCGCCUUCAUCCUGAGACUCCUGAACCAAGCAAGGACCGACGGACAGCAGGAAGUCGUCAUCUUCUCGGGCCAACCCCGACGGCGGGAGGAUAUCGUCAAGUACAUUCAAAGAAAUGAAAAGCUCGUCGACGAGGACCACCUGCUCUCCUGCAUCUCUGACGACGAAGAGACCCCUCAUUAUAUCAGGCUGCACACCCUCGAGGUCGAGUCCGCGCCGACAACGACGCCUCAACUGCCACUGACUCCACCCUCAGCAAGUCCAUCCGGAUCGGUCCACUCUCAGGUUGCCCACAGGCAGGUUUCUCCGAUGCGAGUCCCAAUACCAUCGCCCGAAUACACCCCUCGCAAUUCAGGAGAAUGGGUGAAUUCGCUAGCCGAGCCGGCACCGUCAUCAGGAGGGAUGUAUCGCAGUGACGCUCUGCCUGCGCACUUCAGCCAUGCGUACGCACAGACGCACUCAGCAGCGCGGAACCAGCCAGCGAUGCCCAAUAUUAUGGGCCCAUUUAGGCCGAAGCAGGCAGCAGUGCCGGCCGGGUGGUGCCAUUCCUGGGACGACAACGACCUCAGUAGGCAGUGGCCUGCUGACUUCACACACGCUGCUUUGUCUGUAACACCGGCAGUCGUGGAACAGCUCGGAGACCUCGACCUUGACAUUUACCGCUUUGGUGAUCACACCCACAGUCCACAACUGAAUGACGGCACCCUCACGGCGUACUUUGUCAUGUACUCCCUGUACUGGUUGAUCUGCGCCGGACAGGAUAGCGCCAUCUUCCAAGAGAGAGGCGACUACUACCUGAACAGUGCCUUGUUCUCAUUCUUGUGCAUGCUCACCAACGCAUAUUCACCCGCAGAAGACUGCCUCGGCGCUCUCAGCAUCGUCACGGUCUUGUUCGACUGCUAUGGCCAAUGGCGGAGGCUCUCUGACCUGCUCAAGCGAUGUGAUGACUUGACCAAGAAGCACUUUGGCUUGGACAACCCCUUGACAAUGACUAUCGCGUUCAUGAGAAACAUGCUUGCCGGGCCGGGCUGCCCACGACAUGAUAUCUCCCGACUUGCACAAAUUGUGGUCGACAUGAAGGUGUGCUUUCCGGAAUCACCCAAGCCCGCUCUCACGGCCCGCUACAACUUGGCAUGGGCAAUGCUGGAGAAUGAGCUGAAGCAGCAAGUGUGGGCUCCAGGGAACUUCGAGCCUGCCAGGAGGGAAUUGGCGGAGCUUACGCUGGAGUGUGCUCGCCACUUCGGUGACGACCGCAUUGAAACCAUCAUGGCAGCGGCCACAUUAGCGAGAGCCACAUUCUAUUGUGGUGAUGCUGAAGAAGCCGAGAAGAUCAUCGUGCAAUCCGUCUUGCCUCGAGUCCGGCGAAACUUUGUUGAUAGCCACCCUUACGUUUGGGAGGCGAAACACCGGCAUGCGUUCUUUCUUUUCCGGCUCGCGGAGAAGGAGACCGGUCUGAGCAAGGGUGCCCACUUGCAGCUGGGCGAGCAAGUUCUGCGAGAGGUGGUGCCAGAACGUUAUCGCGUCCUGGGCGAAAAGAACCCGAAAUCAGAGCAUUCUCUCCAGCUGCUGAGAGACAUUUUGAAAGCACAAGGCAAGAUGUACGAGGCGGAAACGCUGCCAGAGUGGUGUGAGCGAGAGCUCUCUCAGUAUGGGGUUCCCUGA